CGGCGAUUGUGGGAAAUGUAGUUUAGAGACACCGCCCUCCUUGCUAUUCCUGUAAUGGCUGCCUCCUGUAAGGCGUUGUCACGUGGAACCUCCUAGCUUCCGAGUUCCAGAAAGGGAGUAUUUCAAGUCAGAUACAAUUGUACAUAUAUCGUUUCUUUGAAAACCUUCAGAGCUCAAGAUCCAGCCAUCCCAAGAUCCCAACAUCAUGACCUCAGUUUCAGCACAGUUGCUAGUCCUCAUUUCACUGCUUUUGAUGCUACCUGUUGUUGAAGCAGUAGAAGCAGGAGAUGCAAUCACUCUCUUUUUAUGUGUGGUUCUCUGCAUUACAGGCAUUUGUGCUUGUUUGGGGGUAUAUGCACGAAAGAGAAAUGGAGAGGUAUGACUUUGAAGAGCCUCCUGAAUCAAACCUCACCCUGAAAAUUUUUGCGCUGUUGAGGUUAAAAACUGAGCUUUGGUGUUUGAAAGUUCCUGAGAAACAAAAAACAGGGCAAAUAGGAAUAAAUUGAUACAUGGAAAAGAUGUUUUUUCAUAACAAAUAAUGCACUGAAAAAUGCAGUCUAUAGUUUGUGUUUGCUAGUUAGAAGGAGGAUCAAGUAACUCAGGUGGCUGAAAUUUACAUAAGUAAUAUUUAAUAGUCUCAGAAUUCUCAAAGCAAUGAAAUUGGGAGAAGGACACUUGCCUAGGAUUCUAGGAAGUAGCCACUAUUUAGUUGUAAUCUCUGCCUCCUGUAUUGUUAAGGAGACUUUUCUCUGUAUUUUUACUAAAUUUUUGUUAUCUCCCAAGUGAAUAUUGUACCUAGGUAUUAGAUAUAAAAUAUAGUCGAUCAAAACUUAAAAAAUUUAUUUCUUGGGAAGAAAAGGUUUAAAAAAUGUACUCAGUGUAUCCAACAUUGAAAUGGAGAAAAGAUUUAAUGCAAAAAAUAUACUCUGUACUGACAGUGAAAUAGAGAAGAAAUAUAAUGUUAAAAUCUUUAUAUUAACUAAUACUCCCUUGAUGAGAAAUACUAUAACAAAUAUAAACCCAUUAUGUUGCAAGUUAAUGUAUGGUGUCUGUUUUUUUGUUUAAGCUAUUUCUUUGUGUGGACUUUUUAUAUAAGCUAAAUAAGAAGGACAGGAUACCUGACCUAACUGAUCACACAAGUUUAUAGAGUCACAAUAAGUGGAAAAUGAAAAAUGAGCAUAAUGAAGGCAGGAGAGGAGGAAAAUGUAGUAGCCUAUACUGAUUUACACACAACCCAAUGAGACAUACUUUUUCUGACCUUGCUACUUAAUGUGUUCUCAAAUCUGCAAUAUCACCUGGAUACUCAUUACAAUGCAGGAUCUCAGGCCCCAUCCAACCAGUUGGAUUAGAAGAUGCAUUUGUUUAGGAGCCCAGGCAUAUCUGCACAUUUAAGUUUUAAAAAUACUACUCUAACCUGUUUGAGUCCAAGAAUUGCCCAACACACUGGAUAAAAACUCAAAUUCCCAAGUCCCUCUCAAUUGUGUUGUAGUCAUUGUAGGGUUAGAUACUAUAAUCCUGUGUUUAAAAAGGGCCCCCAGUGAUUCUUUCAAUUCUGUAGAUAAAAGCACCAUAGAAUAAUCCAAGUAAAUCAAACUACUUUAGUGUCUUACUAGAAGCAGGCAGUCAAGUUUCUUCCUAAAAUAAUGUAUUAUCUAACCUCUAACUGCAAGUGACAUUGGAAACCUUAAUUUUGGUCAGAAAACAGGCAGCAGCAACUUAGGAUUCUGUUUACAGUGCAUUUCUGCAGGUUGUAAGCAGACCUGGCUAAUAAGGAAUUUGAUGGAGGGCACAAGGAGGGACAGCCAUGCCGUAAAGACAUUAUAAAAUCUGAAUGGAUCUGUUUUUGUCAUAGCUAUUGUUUAGUUUUGUUUUUUUAGCAGACAAAGCUCUAACAUUUUUUAUUCAGAUAACUUGACAUUUAUACAUUGUAUCAUAGUGGAACUCAAUUUUACAUGCUUUUUUUUUUUUUAAGAUGGAAAAAGGAAUACCGCUUGUGGGACAGUUUGUCCUGUCUCUUACAAACUAGUUCAUUGGUACUGAUGUAGGUAGAAAGGCUGCUGCUUUUUCCUCAUAUGCUUGAACUUCUCUAUUGGCAUUGGGGGGAAGCAAACCUAAACCACAUUUUAAAUCACAGUGCAUUAGUCAUUUAGUCACCUCCAGACAUUAUUUUUUCAAUUGUUCAAAAUAGCACUACAGGCAAACAUUCUUUAAUGAACAUGUAUUUCCACAAGUGCCCUAGAAGGAAUUAGAAAACUACUAUUUUCCUAUUUUUCCCUUAGAAGUAGAGAAUUAUCAUAAGGAGGUAUUCAAAAAUUUCGAUGAAUAUAAUUGGGUAUAUCUUUAUUUUUAGCCCUUUUUCUCAUCUGUGUAAGUUGGAUUAUAUGAUUUUGCCUGAAAAGAACAGAAACUCUUACAGUGGCUCUUAACCUUCAGGGAGACCAGCUUGUUUGAAAUUCUGACAAAAGAUAUGCUAAUUUUCUGAGAAAAAUGCACGUACAUGCUGGUAUUUGUAGAUUACUUUUAGAGAGUUCACAAGAGCUAAAGCCCAUCCAGAAAUCCAAAAUUCCAAAUUUCUGCUCUUGUGUUUCCUUUUUGAGUUUUUUUCCCAGUUCUGGAAUUCCUUGAUUUCCUCUGAGGGAUAACACUGCUUUUAGAACAAUUAGAGGAAAAAUGGAAUUGACAAAUGUCUCCCAGGUGUCCAGCACAACUUGUAGAUUUCCAGUAAAUGCUCUGUACAUGUUAACUUGGUUCAGUCCAGUUAAAAAUGCAGAAGACUAAUAGUUGAAAUCAACAAGAAGUGCUGGUAACAAGCUUAUUCUUCUAAUGCCAAAAGUAGUGCAUUUCCUACAUCAUUUCUCUGGCCGCUUUCAAGACAUUCUUUUCACUAUCCUUAAUUUUUAAAAGUUUGAAUGUGAUAUGUGCUAUCUUUGGGUUUAUCCUGUUUGGGGUUCACUCAGGUUCUUAAACCUUUAGGUUUAUGUCUUCCCCAAAUUUAAGUAACUUUUAGCCAUUAUAUUUUUCAAAUAUUCUUUCUAUACCAUUCUGGGACUCCAGUGACCCAAUAGUUAGAUCUUUGGUUACAGUCCCACUUGUCCCCCAGGCUUCCUCAUUAUUUAUUUAUUUACUUAUUUAUUUAUGUCUUCUGUUGUUCAUUUUGGGUAAUUUCUAGUGUUCUAUCCUCAAGGUCACUGAUUCUGCUGUUUUGUAUUCAAUUCUAAAUUUCCUAUCUGGCUUUUCAUUGUAAGUUAUUUCUUUGCUAAGACUUUCUAUUUAUUUUAUUUGUUCCAACCAUGUUUGUAAUUGUUCAUUGAAGCACUUUUAUAAAAGAUGCUUCCAAAUUCUUAUCAGAUAAUUCUAAUAUUUGUGUCAUAUCAGUAUUGAAUUUUGUAUUGUCUUUUUCUAAUUCAAGUUAACAUCUUACUUGGUAUGAGUGAUUGUUUUCAUUGAUACCUGGACAUUAUGAAUAUUAUAUUAAAAAGACUGUGGGUCUUAU